GCUGACCUCUGAACAAAAAGUUUAAAUUACAUUGUAGUUCCACAUUACAGUCAUAAUAAAUUUAUGUUCUUCUGAUUUGUAAAAAUAAUUACAUUAUAUUUUCUAGAAAGUUUCAACGAUACUAAUUAAUACCGAUAUUUUCGAAUUGCGAUUUACGUGAAGUGCAUAAAUUUAAUCAAUAAAAAGUAUGUAAUUUCCCAAAAUAACGUGCCAUGAUGUUGAAUCUUCUUAAAAGACAAAUUGUUAUGAAACAUUUUUACUUUUCACAGUUUUCUAAAUAUUCAAAAAUGGAUAGAAACAAUUUUUUUAAUUUAUUACUACCAAGCAUACCACCUUUAGAUGGAACACAUCAUAAAGGCCAAGCUGGAAGAAUAGGUAUCGUCGGUGGUUCUCUAGAGUAUACUGGAGCUCCUUACUUUGCUGGCAUGGCUGCUUUGAAAGUAGGUGCAGAUUUGGUGCACAUUUUCUGUUCAAAUCCAGCAGCUACAGUUAUAAAGUCAUAUAGCCCCGAAUUGAUUGUUCAUCCUUUACUUGAUAAACUUGAUGCUAUCAAAGAGAUAUCACCAUGGCUCGAGAGGCUGCAUGUCAUAGUUAUCGGUCCAGGAUUAGGUCGCGAUCCAAAGAUAUUUAAUGUGGUGUCGGAUCUAAUAAAAUUAAUAAGUGAAAAGCAAAUACCACUGAUUAUUGAUGCAGAUGGAUUGUUUCUAAUAACUGAAAACCCAGAAUUGAUUAGAAAUUUUACUUCACCCAUAAUUUUAACUCCUAAUAAAAUUGAGUUUGAGAGACUAAGCUGUAAAUUGAAUGGCUUAACAGGUUUACAAGAGUUAAAUAAAAAUGUGACACUUUUGAGAAAAGGCAUGACUGAUGAAUUUUAUUGCUUUAACACUGACUUAGAAUGGAAAAACAAAGAAGCAGGAUCUGGCAGAAGAUGUGGAGGUCAAGGUGAUCUUCUUUCAGGAUCUAUAGCAACAUUUUUGCAUUGGACUAUAGCUUCUCGAGAGAAAAUUAAUUUGGAUAUACCAGUUGACAAAAUGUUAUUAGCAACUUCCCUCUCAUGUUUUGCAGCAUCUUCAUUAAUAAGAACAUGCAAUGCAAAGGCUUUUCAAGUAAAAGGUAGGAGCAUGUUAGCAACAGACAUGGUGGAAUAUAUUCAUGAAGCUUUCACAGAACUAUAUGGACAAUAAUACUACAUAUACACAUAUAUCAAUAAUACUAUUAACUGGGAGAUUUUUUUGUAUGCUUUUAUAUUUUUAUUGACUUUAUUUGGGUUCUUUUAGUUGCUAUAUAAAAUCAUUACAUAUUAAAAACUGUUGUUUACUUUGUUUUAACCACCACAGUAUAGCCAAGUACUACCACCAGCAACAGCAAAGCUAAUAAUUUAAGACUAUAUAAUUAAGUGUUUCCUUAAACCAAAAUGGGUAUGUGAUAGGGUUACUUAACAAAACAUUUAAGUUAUAUUUACGUUUACACCACACACAAAAAUCUAGUUUAUAGUAAUUAAUUCUGAAGUUAUUAUAUUAUUACUUAUGGGUUUCAUAUAUACAUGAUAUAUUUAUAUAAAAAAAAACACAUUGUGUGUUUGUUCUGUGUUAUUGUAUUAUAUGAUGACAGUUCAUUUUCCUCAUGGUAAAUAGCAUUAUCAAUAAAACAGAAUGCCAUAUAAAGGAGAC